AUGCAUGUUAUCUGUAUCGAUGGGACGCACUUGUACGGGAAGUAUGAAGGAACACUGUUGGUUGCUAUGAGUGUUGAUGCAAGCUUCCAAGUAUUUCCUAUUGCAUUUGCGGUGGUUGAAGGGGAAAACACUUCCAGCUGGGCUUGGUUCCUAGGUUGUAUUCGAGAUCGUGUCACGCAACGGGAUGGCCUCUGUGUUAUUUUUGAUCGGCAUCCUAGGAUCAUUGCAACAAUGAAUGAUCCUAAUGUUGGAUUCACCCAUCCCCGAGCGUAUCACAGAUUUUGUGUCCGCCACAUAGCUUCUAACUUGAAGACUCACGUGCGAAGUAACGACAUGAGAGACAUGUUCAAGGCUGCUGCGUACCAAAGGCAAGAAAGAAAACUUCAAGCUAAUAUGUGUUUCAUUGGUGAGGCCUGUACCAAGGCCAUCGAGUACAUUGCUCAAGUCUCGUUCCCUAUGUGGUCUCUGUUUCACGACAAUGGUCGCAGGUAUAGUAUAUGUACUACUAACUUCUCGGAGACAUUCAACAAUGUGCUGAAGGGAGCUUGGUUUCUACCGAUUAUGUCCCUUGUCGAGUUAACCUUCCACAGAGUUAACAAGUAUUUCACUUUGAGAAGGGAGUCUUCCGAGGCUACGUCUGAUCAGGGACUUCCAUACCCCCCAAAGGUCACUGCCAUCGUGGAGAAGAACACCGCUAAAGCCAUAUAUCAUAGAGUGGAUGCCUAUAACCGCCGAUUUAAUAUUUAA